UAUAGGAGCGCUCGUCGCGGGGGUAAUGGCUUGGCUCUUGAGAGAGAGGGAGAGAGAGGGAGAGGAUCCAUGGGGGACUCCAAGAAGGAGUCCAACGGAUGGAUAUCCGCCGCCAUGACCGCCGCCGUCGCCGAUCUCCCAUCCCCCUUGGGGCAGCUGGGCGUCGCGCUCUCGGACGCGGAGCUCCGGGAGAGCGCCUACGAGAUCUUCGUCGCAGCCUGCCGCGCCACCGGCAGCAAGCCCCUCACCUACACCCCCCAGUCCGAGCGCACCAUCGAACGGUCGACGUCCCUCCCGCCGUCGCUACAGCGGUCGCUGACCUCCGCGGCGGCCAGCAAGAUGAAGAAGGCCCUCGGGAUCAGGUCCCCGUCGAAUAAGGGCAUCCCCGGGAAUGCGUCCUCCAAGAAGCCGGUGUCGGCUGGCGAGCUGAUGAGGGUGCAGAUGGGGAUAUCCGAGCAACUGGACGCGCGGAUCCGAAGGGGUUUGCUGCGAAUUGCAGCCGCAAAUCUUGGGAAGCGUAUGGAGUCUAUGGUUCUGCCGCUAGAGUUGCUGCAGCAGUUCAAAUCUUCAGAUUUUCCUGAUCAACAAGAAUAUAUACGCUGGCAAACUAGAAAUUUGAAGGUUCUUGAUGCUGGACUACUCCGCCAUCCUUAUCUUCCGUUAGGCAAGUCAGAUGCUGCAUCACAAAAGCUUCGACAAAUUUUGCAUGAAGCUUCAAAGACACCUAUUGAGACCGGGAAAAAUUCAGAAGCAAUGCAGGUUCUACGAAAUGCUGCGAUGUCACUUGCCUACAGAUCUUUUAACGGAUUUGGUUCAGAUACAUGCCACUGGGCAGAUGGUUUUCCGCUUAAUCUCUAUCUGUACCAAAUGCUAUUAGAAGCUUGUUUUAACAACAGUAGUGAGGAAGCAUCAAUAAUCGAUGAAAUUGAUGAGGUUUUAGAGUUGAUAAAGAAAACAUGGGUCUUCCUAGGAAUAAAUGAGAUGUUUCAUAACCUCUGCUUUGCUUGGAUUUUGUUUCACAGAUUUGUCACUACUGGACAAGUUGAAACUGAUCUGCUAAUUGCAGCUGAUAAACAAUUAACUGAAGUUGCAAAGGAUGCAAAAGCAACACAAGACCCAACCUAUUCAAAAUAUUUGAAGUCAAUAUUGAGCUCUAUAAUGAGUUGGACAGAGAAAAGACUUCUUGCUUACCAUGAUAUGUUCAGCUCUAGUAACAUCGAGUCAAUGCAAAUCAUUGUCUCAUUGGGAGUCACAGGUGCAAAGAUACCAGUUGAAGAUAUUUCUAAUGGAUAUCGCCGUAGGAGGAAAGAAGAAACUGAUGUAGCUUGUAGCAGAAUUGAUGCCUAUAUUCGAUCAUCACUUCGCACUGCUUUUGCUCAGAAAAUGGAACAUAUAGCGUCAAGCAGGAGACCAUCAAGAAAACAAAGUACUCCAGUUCUUUGCAUUCUUGCACAGGAAAUUGGCAAUUUGGCAAGCAAAGAGCAAGAAAUGUUUAGUCCAAUAUUGAAGAAAUGGCAUCCACUUGCUGCUGGCGUUGCUGUUGCAACUCUUCAUUCUUGUUAUGGAAAUGAACUAAAGCAAUUUAUAUCUAGUGUCACAGAGCUAACACCAGAUGUGGUACAAGUUCUUAGAGCUGCUGACAAGUUAGAGAAACAACUUGUCAACAUUGCUGUUGAAGAUUCUGUAGAUAGUGAUGAUGGGGGUAAGUCAUUAAUCAGAGAAAUGCCACCUUACGAAGCUGAAUCCGCCAUUGCCAAUCUUGUAAGAGCAUGGAUAAGAACUAGGGCGGACAGGCUAAAGGAGUGGGUUGACCGGAACUUGCAGCAAGAGGUUUGGAUCCCAAGGGCAACCAAGGAAAGUUAUGCUCCUUCUUCAGUAGAGGUGCUACGGAUAAUUGACGAGACUUUAGAUGCUUACUUCCGACUGCCCAUACCCAUGCACCCUGCCUUGCUUCCUGACUUGCUAAUAGGACUUGAUCGGAAUCUGCAACAUUAUGCAUCUAAGGCAAAAGCAGGAUGUGGUAGCCGGAACAAUUUUAUGCCUACAUUGCCCGCAUUAACUAGAUGUGAAGUUGGUUCUAAAUUAUGGAAGAAAAAGGAUAAGUCACAAAACUUAACAAAAAGGAGAUCACAAGUUGGGUCGACAAACGGAGAUGGUUCUUUGAGUUUGUCACAGCUGUGUGUACGCAUCAAUUCACUUUAUCAUAUCCGCAAAGAGUUGGAGAACUUGGAGAAGAAAAUAAAGACCUGUUUAAGGAAUACCGAAUCAGCUCAAGCAGAUGUAUUAAAUGGUAUGCGGACCAGUUUUGAGCUUUCUUUGGCUGCUUGUCAAGAAGGAAUUCUGCAAGUUUGUGAGACGAUAGCCUACAAGGUAGUCUUUCAUGACCUGAGUCACAUUUUAUGGGAUGCUUUAUUCGUUGGUGAGACUGCUGCUUCAAGAAUACAUCCUUUUCUAAAAGAACUCGACCCUACUUUGGAGAUGGUAUCAAGCACAGUGCACAACAGAGUACGAUACCGAGUGAUAACUGCACUAAUGAAAGCUUCGUUUGAUGGGUUCUUGCUUGUGCUUCUUGCUGGUGGCCCAUCACGUGGUUUCUCUCGCCAAGAUUCUCAUAUUAUAGAGGAUGAUUUCAAAUCUCUUAAAGAUUUAUACUUGGCUGACGGAGAUGGGUUGCCUGAAGAGUUGGUCGAGAAGGCUGCAAGAGAAGUGAACAAUGUGCUACCCCUAUUUCGCACCGACACAGAGACCCUCAUCGAACGGUUCAAACAGAUGGUUGUAGAGACAAAUGAUUCUGCAGCCAAAUCCAAAUAUCCAUUACCUCCAAAUCCAGGGCACUGGAGCCCGACCGAGCCCAACACAGUUCUACAUGUUUUAUGCCAUAGGAAUGAUGAUGCAGCAACAAAAUUCCUAAAGAAAACUUACAACUUGCCCAAAAAGCUGUAGCUUGUUGGCCCACUGUGGGAAAAUCAGUGCACAAUUGGUUCCGCGAGGAGCACUUAUUGUCUAUAUUUCCAGCCUUGAUUAUGCAAAUAUUCCCGGUCCUGCCUUUUGAAAUAUAAAACUGUUUCUCAAGCUGUCUGGUGGAGUUGAACUGUGAAAGAUGUGAGAUAAGGAAUUGGUCUAAUGCUGUUCAAUGGAGUUUGGGACAUUAGAAGGGGUUGUAUGAUCAACAGUCUGAUAUUGAUUCCAUGAGCCAAGAGAAAAGGUGGUGAGCAUCUUGUCUUCAUCAUUCUUCUGGAUAUAAACAGGUAUCUAGAGGUUGAAGUGGUUAACCCACCGUUUAGAAGCAUUCUUCUUCAGUUCACUGGCAGUCUCUUAGGGUAACUUAACUAUUUUUUUUUUCCCUCCAUGAUGUUGUGACAAAAGCUAGAGAACUGUUGGUUGACAAUUUGCAGCUAGCGUGUUAGUUGUAUAAUAUAACAAAUCUAACAUGAUAUAUGUGCCCUUCAAUAAUAUCAUCCUCUUUUGUUUAA